GGCACUCUCAUGCCAAAAUAAACCUUUACCUUCGAUUCUCUCUCUUCCAUGGCCAAAUCCUCAAAUUCCAAAUCCAAACCUCACUUUUUCCUCUCCUGCUUUGGAUUUUCCGGCAAGCUUCGCCGCUUUAAGCCCCUCAAAUCCUCCGCCGGUCAGCGUAAACGUCCGUUUUCUUGGAUGAGCUUUCACUCAAAGCCGCCUCCGCCGGUUCACUCUUCUCUUCCGGUCCAGAUUAACCGGUCCAUUCCUGAUUCCGACCGGCUCUCCUCGAUUUCUAUUGCUCCGACCGCCACUAGUAAGUCGUCGAAUGAAGAUUUCGCCGUCGCGGUGUCGGUGGUGACAAAUCGAACCGGCGAUGAGUUGAUCAUUGGGCAGCAAGAGGUAAAAAAUGACAUCAUUGCAGAAAAAAUCAUCAAAGAAAGUUGUGAACAAUCAAACUCGCGAAAGAAACCCGCCGAUCAAAGUCAAUCAAGGUUCUCAUUAACCAAAAAACUCGAGUCGUUUCGAUCGGUCCGGUUCACUCAACCCGCCUCACCUAAAAAGAAUUUGAAAUCCACCAACCUGAAGACACCCACCAUAUCACACUCUUUAUCAUUCCCUCCACCGAACCCGGCCCGAAGAAACCGGAACAACGAAUGGCCGGGGAGCAAGCGGGACGGGUUAAAGUCAAAGAACGGUGAAACGAGCCAACGGUACCGAUCAGCGGCGGCGGUGUCGGUUUUGAUGAUGACAUUGGCGAUGAUGGUACUUUGGGGAAGAAUUUGUGCUAUUUUGUGUACGGCAACUUGGAUUUUUAUUGUUACGAGUUUAAGGACAAUUGUUGAAGAAUGUGAUACAAUUGAUUUUGUUGAAUCUGAUUCAUAUUCUGAAGGGUUUAAGAAGAAAUUAGUGGUUUUAAAAGGGUUUCUUUGUAGAAAUCACAGGGAGAAUCUGUUGAAGGAAUUAUAAAGAAAUGGACAUUAUUGAAGGAUUUUUGUUUUUUUUU